AGGUAACAAGACUGUUCCACAGGACUUUGUCAGUCUUCUGUUAAGAGAUGGUGACCUAUAAUGAGUUUUGAGCUGGGCACAUUGGACCUGGCAGAGAUGGAGAACAGGAUGAAUAGUUCUGACAUGAAGACCCUGUCAACCCUGGACCACCUUUACCUCUCCCCCCUAGAGCACAGCCUCAACAUUCCCCACCACCACAGCCCAGACAGAAACCACUUAUUCAACCACAGCUCAGACAGAAACUACUCAUUUAACCACAGCCCAGACAUAAACCACUCAUUUAACCACAGCCCAGACAUAAACCACUCAUUCAACCACAGCCCAGACAUAAACCAGUCAUUCAACCACAGCCCAGACAUAAACCACUCAUUCAACCACAGCCUAGACAUAAACCACUCAUUCAACCACAGCCCAGACAUAAACCACUCAUUGCACCACAGCUCAGACAUAAACCACUCAUUCAACCACAGCCCAGACAGAAACCACUCAUUUAACCACAGCCCAGACAGAAACCACUCAUUCAACCACAGCCCAGACAUAAACCACUCAUUCAACCACAGCCCAGACAUAAACCACUCAUUCAACCACAGCCUAGACAUAAACCACUCAUUCAACCACAGCCCAGACAUAAACCACUCAUUGAACCACAGCUCAGACAUAAACCACUCAUUCAACCACAGCCCAGACAGAAACCACUCAUUUAACCACAGCCCAGACAGAAACCAGUCAUUCAACCACAGCCCAGACAUAAACCAGUCAUUCAACCACAGCCCAGACAGAAAUCACUCAUCCAACCACAGCCCAGACAUAAACCAGUCAUUCAACCACAGCCCAGACUUAAACCAGUCAUUUAACCACAGCCCAGACAGAAAUCACUCAUCCAACCACAGCCCACACAGAAACCACUUAUUCAACUACCCAUACAACUACACAUACAGUGAGUACCAAUGUUCGUUAAAAGAGGAGUCCAUGUCCCCUCUUUGGUCUAGCAACUGUAGCGUUGUCAGCCUGUCCAGACCCACUCUUCACUCCAAGUCCCCCACUUACACAGACCCCAGCACUCUGCUCUACAUUGACUGCAGAGUGUGUGGGGACACGGCCUCAGGCUUCCACUAUGGAGUCCAUGCCUGUGAGGGCUGCAAGGGAUUCUUCCGAAGAACCAUGAGGUUAAAACUGGUGUAUGACCACUGUGAUCUGCAUUGUCGGAUUCACAAAAAGAGCCGGAAUAAAUGCCAGUACUGUCGCUUUCAGAAAUGUCUGCUUGUGGGCAUGUCACACGAUGCCAUCCGCUUCGGCCGGAUGCCCCAGGAGGAGAGAGAGAAGCUGCUGGCUGAGUUUAUGGAUGUGUCCCCCAGGAGCCCAGAGUCAGCGGACUUGAGAGCCUUGUCCAGACAGCUGUGUCUGUCCUAUCACAGACACUUUCCCCUGACCAAGAGCAGGGCCAGAGCCAUCCUGUCUGGGAAGACCCACGGAAACUCACCGUUUGUCAUCCAUGACAUGAAGUCCCUGACAGCGGGUCAGGACUUUAUAAACAGUAGACAGUUCCCUUUCCUGGAGCACCAGAGGUCUGUCCUGCCCCCUCAAGAGCCUGCCGGGGAGCUGGAGCUCUUCUUUUUCCGGCAGGUUCAGUUCCGCACCGCCGAAGCUGUACGAGAAAUCAUAGAGUUUGCCAAGAGUAUCCCUGGGUUGACAGAGCUGGACAUAAAUGACCAGGUGACCCUGCUGAAGUACGGGGUCAUCGAGGUCAUGUUGAUCAUGCUGGCGCCGCUGAUGAACAAGGACGGCACACUGUUCGCCUACGGACAGAUCUUCAUGACCCGGGAGUUCCUCAAGUGUCUGAGGAAGCCAUUCUGUGAGAUGAUGGAGCCAAAGUUUGAGUUUGCGGUAAAAUUCAACGUGCUGGAGCUGGACGAUAGUGAUACGGCGCUCUUCCUCGCUGUCAUCAUCCUCAGUGGAGACCGUCCAGGCCUGGUGAAUGUGAAGCCCAUCGAGGACCUCCAGGAGGCAGUACUGCAGGCCUUGGAGCUGCAGUUGAAGACCAUCCACCCAGACUGCCCCCAGCUGUUUGCCAGGCUGCUGCAGAAGAUGACCGACCUGCAGCCGCUGGUGGCUGACCACGUCCGGCUCAUCCACCUGCUCAAGAAGCAGGAGCGGGAGACGUGUCUGCACCCCCUACUACAGGAAGUCAUGAGGGACCUGUACUAGAGUAGUGGGAGACUCAGGUUAACAGCUAUGAAGAAAAGAAGACUAUACAGCAGUGGAGGCUGCUGAGGGGAGGACUGCUCUUAAUAAUUGCGCAAAUGGAAUUAAACACAUGGAAACUGCAUUUAACCCAACCCUCUAAAUCAGAGAGGUGCGGAGGGCUGCAUUAAUCAACAUCCACGUCAUCUGUGCUGAUGGAACAGUGGGUUAACUGCCUUGCUCAGGGGCAGAGCGACAGAUUUGACCUUGUCUGCUCUGGGAUUCAAUCCAGCAACCUUUUGCUCCUACCCACCAGGCUACCUGCUGCCCAUAUUGGUGGUACCACCAACAUCCUGUGCUAUACAGUAGAGUUUUAUCCAACUAGUGUGUUUAUUAUAACAAUAUGCAGAACCUCAUAGGUCUUUAUCUAGCCAGAUCUGUUGGUGCUUUGGUCAACUCUUCUGUGUCAUGUAUAUAAUAGCAGCAAUAGUCACUGAGACCAGGCUAGUUUUCAUCAGGCUCUCAGUUAAAGCAAAUGUCUGGCUUCACAGGUGACCUCCAUGACAAGUGAGGGUUAAGUCUGUUUUCUUGGGACUUGUUGUUUAAUAGAAGGAUCUGUGAACUCUAUUUAAACAAUAAGGCAUGAGGGGGUGGGGUUUAUGACCAAUAUACUAUGGCUAAAGGCUGUUCUUAUGCACGACGCAACGCUGAUUGCCUGGAUACAGCCAUUAGUCGUGGCAUAUUGGCCACAUACCACAAACCCCCGAGGUCCCUUAUUGCUAUUAUAAACUGGUUACCAACGUAAUUUGAACAGUAAAAAUAAAUGUUUUCUCAUACCAGUGGUAUACGGUCUGAUAUAUCACGGCUUUCAGCCAAUCAGCAUUCAGGGCCCAACCACCCAGUUUAUAAUACAUUAUGAAUGAUCCAUUACUGAGCUUCCUACCAUCUUGCUGUAACUGCAGCUAUUCUGUCUUCUACCAUGCUUUUUAAUGAAAUCAAAUCAAAUCAAAUUUUAUUUGUCACAUACACAUGGUUAGCAGAUGUUAAUGCGAGUGUAGCGAAAUGCUUGUGC